UGUCUCGCCCCCACCGAAGGUCUGCACAUUUCAUGGUCACCCACUUCUGGGCACCACACGCUCAUUUCCAGUGCUGCAUGUCCACGAAGGACCGAAAGCUGUGCGUGCACGGGAAAUGUGACCCCAUGCAAGUAAUUGUCAUGUCUCUUGCGGAGCUCCAAAAGCACACUCGCCAUCAUCCUCUUGAACAAAUCCGUCUACUGAAGAGGCAAAGGCAAAGGGAGUCCUCUCCUCGGAUGAAAACUCGGGCGUCAAUUCCUACACUUGUGGCGUACCCUGAUGCACACAAGCUGGAGCAAACUGCCCCUCGCCUGAUAACGCAUGACAAGAAAGCCACUGGAUUUCGGAGUUGGAGGUACAGUACCGAAAGUCAGUCCACGUGGCUCGAUCUUCUGACCAAUCCUGACGAAAAGAGUGCAGUACAUGUCUGGCAGUAACGGUACGUACUGCUUACAGUACUCCAGUCCACCCUUUGCUGCCGAAAAAGGUGGGACGGAAACCGGAUUUAACGGAUGGAGAUGAAACGGUUCGGUCCGGAAGAAGGGAGGGAUUUCCAUCUGGGAGGCCGUCUUUUGCUCAGCAUGGCGCCAACCUGAAAUUCAAAUUUCAGUUUCUCGUGACGAAGUUUCUGUCGGACCCAGUUUGGUUUUCUUUCACUUCACUACCUGGAAGGUGAGGAAUUGGCUGAUUUAAUAGGAAUGGAACCUACGAGUGGAAUGUCUCGGUCUGGUGUUCGACAAUUCCAACGUCUGAUGGACAGAAACAUUCUCGUCUAUGUCGAAAGGUUUUGGGGAAGCAGGAGAUGCGCAUGCUCCAUGCAACGUGCCCUUUUAUUUUCAUGAUCUUAAUGUGCUUCAGGAGACGAUCGCUUCGGCCGCAGCUGUUUUGUAUGGCACGUAACUUCGUAGUUCUGCGAUGGCAGAGUUACAGUGGAUGCAGGGGUCGCAUGGGUACUUACUUCACCACCACGUCCGAGAGAGUAGAUGCAAUGUGAGAACUGACAUUACGAUUGCGAAGUCAGGGGCGGAGCUUUGCAAUCUGCAAUCUUUUGGGUGUUGAAGUUUGAUCAACUCGUGGAUAAAGCAUGGGAGUAUGGCGUUUAGAACAUUGGGUUUGAACUGUUGGUACUUCCCGUACAGACAAUCCCAUAUGUCACAGUUUUGCUUUCAUGUUAGGGAUUGAGGUCAAUCAUAUAGUGUCCACUGCAGAGCUCUCGUUGCAGAGACCUAUCAAAGUCGAUUAGGUGUUCUUAAUUCCUGUGAUUUCCCUUUCACAAGGAUGGCAGGCGAUACUGAUCUCGAUUUAGCUCUGGCCAUUGCUCUCGCUGAGGCUAGUGAGGAAUAUAGUGAUGAUGAUUUCAAGCCGUCAAGUCGGCAGUUAGAGCUGCGCCAGGGUAACUUGAUUGCGCAGUGUCGCAAACCCACAAAGUCCCGACCUAAACCCUCGAAAAUUUCCAAGGAGAAGACGCAAAGGACUGAAGCAUGCACAUCCGGAGCUGGUGCUGCUUCCCGCAAGAAGAGUCAUGCAACCAAAGGAAGAGAGGUCGUGGUUGACAAGAGGCACAAAAAAGCGAAAUUGGAUGUGAUGAACGGAAUUGGCCACCUCCAGCGGUCAGAAGGUGCUGGCAAUGGGCUGAAUGUCCAAACGAGACAACAUUCAGUUUUCCAGGGUUCGGUCGAAAGAGAACAGGACAACGUGUUUGGCAGCUUCAAAUACAAAGCUGCUCACUUCAAAUGCCUCGAUGUGCAGCCUUCCGUCCAUGAGGUGGGAGAAGGGAAUCCGCCUGAGAAGCUUGAGCAGGUUUCGCAGCUGGGCAGUACACAUGCUCACCGUUCUUCUGCAGAGCAAUCAGAGGAUGAAGACUCGAUUGUAACAGAAAACAUAGGUUCGCCUGUGGCAACGCAAUCUGACGGGCAUGAAGUCAGUCAAGAUGUGCCAGGGAUCUUUGAAGACCGGGAGUUUCCUGCAGAUACUAUUGACUCAGGUGCAUCGGCACCUGAGUCAAUGGUAUCUGCUCACAGUGUGGAGCAGGUUACAGGACUGGAAAAUGAAAGUCAGUUCAGCGCUCUACUUCGUCUAUGUACAGAAGAAAGUCCAGAAAGAGAGCAAGGUCUCAAUCCGACUCUUGCUAUGAAGAAUUGUACAGUGCCUGGAUCUUCAGAUCUUGACGACGGUGAAGAUGAUAUUAGUUACUUGAUGACUCAACCUUGUGUGAACCAACCUGCAAAGACCGAGUCCAGUAGUGAAGAAAUUCUUGUACCUUUUCAAGAUAUCACGAAUGUUCCACGAGGAAGCGAAAGCGUCACGAGUGACUCUCUCACUGCAGCUGAUAGCAAGCACUGCAGUUAUUCCUCCGUAACCAAGGAUCAGUCUGCUGCCUGUACACUGAGUUCUUCUCAAGUGUCAAAUGCAAGAGGCUUCCAAGACGUAGAGUGGGGUACGCUUGCCAUAUAUAAUCAUGAGGAAGCUCCCAGCCCAUCGCGGAUAUGGGCAGCAGCAACCAGGGAGAGCGAUCACACAGCGCAAGUUGAAACGUACAGGAAAUUUCAAGUGGAGGAUAAUGAGGCGAGUACAUCAGGCACCGAUCAUUUGUCUGUAUCGGUCAUGUGUCCUAUAUGUGAUGAAGAUUUAAGCCACAUCUCCUUUGAGGAGCGCGAGAAGCAUACCAACACCUGUUUGAACAAGCUCAAUGAGCCUCAGGAACUAUUAGAAGCGUCGAAAGAACUUCAUCCAAUGCCACGCGAUCCAUCAAUCUCUUUCGGCUGCGAGAAAGUUAAGCAAUGGUUGAAAGCCCUUAACCUUUCAAGAUAUCUGGAAUGCUUCAACCAGCAUGAGAUCGACUGGGAUACGUUGCAAUGGUUGACAGAUGAGGACUUGGUGGUGAUUGGAGUAGCUUGUCUUGGUCCAAGGAGGAAAAUUCUAGGUGCACUUCAAGAUCUCAAGUCUGGAGAAACUUUCAAAAGGCCAAUCUCCACGGAAUCGCCUUCAAGUCUAGCGGAGGAUGACACUCUGAAGAUCGAGAAAGCGUGCGGUAAAGACAAUCUCAACCUUAUUACGAGGUUUUUCCCCAUGAUGGGUACUGGAAGCCGUAAAACAUCUGUGACGAGCGUGGCUAAACAAAACAAGGUUGUUGGAAAAGAUGGAAGGACUUCUGGAAAACUCUCAGGUCGACCCAGGGUUUCUACGCGCCCCAAUAUCAAGGGACUUCCCGCAUGGAUGUGUAUCCCUGGCACACCAUUUAGAGUGGAUGCCUUUCAACAUCUAACUGGUGAUUGCUCCCAUUGGUUUCUCACCCAUUUUCAUACAGAUCAUUAUCAGGGUCUCACGAGAGGUUUUCGAUACGGCCGAAUCUUUUGCUCGGAAAUUACAGCACGUUUAGUGAACGCUAGAAUAGGUGUGUCUUGGGAGAGACUGAUGAUAGUGCCACUGAACGAGAAAUUUAAAAUUUGUGGGGUGGACGUCACCUUCAUCGAUGCAAAUCAUUGCCCUGGUUCAGUCAUGAUCCUAUUUGAGCCACCCAAUGGAGAGGCCGUACUUCACACAGGCGACUUUCGGUUCUGCUCAGCAAUGAGAGACAACGCCUCGCUUCAAUCCACAAGUGUCCACACUUUAAUUCUUGACACAACAUACUGUGACCAGCAGUACGACUUCCCCAAACAGGAGGCCGUUAUACAGUUUGUCAUUGAAGCAAUCCAGGCAGAGCUAUUCAAUCCCGAAACCCUGUUUCUCAUCGGCACCUAUACUAUCGGGAAAGAAAGAGUGUUUUUGGAGGUGGGGAAAGUAUUACAGAAGAAGAUUUACGUGGGUGCUGCUAAAAUGAAGUUGCUGGAAUGUAUGGAUUUAUCCGCGGAGGAUUUGAAGUGGUUAACGUGUAACGAUCAAGAGAGCUUUAUUCACGUUGUUCCACUUUGGAGCAUUUCCAGCUUCAAAAGAAUGUCAUCCAUCUCAAGGCACUACCGUGGACGAUACAAACUUUUAGUCGCUUUUUCUCCUACGGGUUGGAGCUUCGGCAGGGGAAAGAAGAAAACACCUGGCAAAAGACAUCAGCAGGGCACGAUGAUCAGAUAUGACGUGCCUUACAGCGAGCACUCCAGCUUUUGUGAACUGAAAGAGUUCGUAAAGUUCAUAGCGCCGGCGGACAUUAUUCCAUCUGUUCCUGGGAAGUCAGGCACCAGUGCCGAUGAUAUGAUCGCAAGUCUGUGGAGUGAAGACAACUGAAAAGCCACUUCACCUUUACUAAGACUGACUCUGGGUUUACGGCCGCAAAAGGUUAUGAUAGUAGUCCGUACAUACGCUGAGGUCCAGCCAAUCCAGGAGAGUUACGACGACUCCUGAAUUUUCUGAUUUUUCGGAGUCCUGUCGGGUUUUUCUGACUUGCCAAGGGGACAAAAUAUCAGAGUGAAUAGCGGACGACAGCAGGGGAGCUUUAACAAUGGCUUGCUUUCUUGAAUCAUACGGAAAUCAGCUGUCUGUAACAGCGGGAACGAAGCGAAACGCGACAAACUAUGCACCAGGUUUUCUUUGAGAUGAACCUGAAGAAGCCACCGAGGGACAUUCUGGCAAUGCCAGAUGCUGUAUAAAUUCAGAGAAGGAAUUUGUGGCACCUAGUUUGCUCUCGCGUCAAAAGUUGUCUCCAUCCUAGUUUUCGAGAUCGCAGAAUACAUCUUGAAUUGGAAUAAACCUCUAAUGUAGAGGAUCAGGUUAAAUCCAGUGUACUUGGAAACGUUGUGAAGCUCGGUAAAAGAUUCAGGAUUAAAUUUAGCAAAAUUGCUGGUCUAGUCAGAAAGAUCCUGUUACAGGUCACAAGAAGUCUUCGCCUGAGCAGUCCGAAGUUGAGGUUCUUAUAUACAGGAAUCGUGAUUGCAAAAUACUCGACUGUUCUCUCCCUUUUAUUAAUUUCAUCUGUUUGAAUACCAAGCAUUAAAAUGCGAAGAUAAUCCC